AUGUCUGAUGAUGAACUCACCCUCUCUGCUAGCACUUUAGCAGCUCUUCUGGAGUUCAAGAAAGAGGAGGAACAGCGUAAGGAAGAGUUCGCCAAGUUGGAACAAGCAGCAGAGAAACAGUACCAGGACAACUCGCUGGUUGCUGAGAAGGGGAUGGACCUGUUCCAGGAGGACUGGCAGCUCUCGCAGUUCUGGUACAGCGACGAUACUGCGAAUUUACUUGCUAGGGAGCUGCUGGAAGGGGCUGAUGACGAUACAGUCAUCUGUAUCGUCUCUGCUCCCUCUGUCUACGCUGCAAUGAAGAGGAUCGAGAAGGCUGAAGGGAAGCUGCCAACCGAGCACAUCUAUCUGCUGGAGUUUGACAAGAGAUUCGCAGUGCUAGCAGGGGACCACUUUGGCUUCUACGACUAUAACUCGCCUUUGGAACUUCCAGAGGGAUUGGCAGGCACCGUGAAUCGUCUACUGAUUGAUCCACCGUUCCUCCAGGACGAGUGCCAGAGGAAGUCGUCCCAAACAGCACAUGCUCUGUUGCACAAGGACAAGCACUCCAAGACUCGCAACGGAGUGUCCAAGUACCGUCUGAUCUCGUGCACUGGUGAGCGUAUGAAGGACAUCAUCAAAGAGGUGUACCCAGACACCAAUCCGACGUCGUUCUUUCCUGAACACGCCAAUGGGCUCAGCAACGAGUUCUUCUGCUACGCCUCGUACGAGGGCAACAGCUGGAAGUGGGUAUAA